AUGGCUGAUUACGAACGAAAAGUACUCGAAUUCUACCAGCUCCCCACUUCUUACCCCGAGAUGUGGCCCCCAGAAAAGGAUGCCGGGGAGGAAUCCGCGGAAGAUGACCACGGCGCGAAGCAAGGCCGACGAAAGUCGCGUUACGAAGCCCUCGGGUCGGCCUUUGGGGGGCGGAAAAGCUUCGUUGGGGAAAGCGGACAAGGUGGAAUAGGCAAUCUAGUACAAAAGGAUGAAGCAGACCCCCUAGGCACCUCGGACAGCGUUGUGAGGUCAUUGAAGCAGCUGGGCCUGCCGGUACAAGACGAUGCCCGACUCAGAAACCGAUUUAUGCUUUCAUCCACCACCUUCUCCCCGGCCCUGUUUAUCUCUCAAAUGCACUCAAAUGCCGAUACCAAUACCUUGUUGCAAGGACUCGAUGUUCUGUCGCAAUCGAUCGAUCAGAAGUCGGCGUCGCUCAAAGUCCUUGUCGAAAGCAACUUUGAACGUUUCGUGAAAGCCAAGGCAACCAUUGACAAUGUCUACAAGGAAAUGAAGUAUCGCGGCAUCGACCCGGUCCAGCAACGGCAAUCCGGCCGCCACUCACGCCAUUCCAGUCGCACAAGCUUUGGUCGCAGCAGUGCUAGCGGUGCCACCCUGGGCCUCAAUAACCCUCUUGCUCUUCCCAUAUCAGACAAUCGGAAAAAAAAUGCCCUGAUCAAGGAAAGCGAAUACGGUGUCAUGGGUAUCAAGGCGCCGCUCCUAGAUGUAUCUGCCAAGGCCGAAGAUGUUUGGGGUCCUGCGCUCGGUGGUCGCGAAAAGGAGAAACAUUUGCGCAAUGUCUCAACCUACUUGGAUGAGUUUAGGGAUUUCGUCGAAUUGAGUGCUACUGUGGCAGACAGUAUUAAGCGCAAAGACUACGACACCCUGGUAGAGAGCUAUAACCGGGCGAGAAAGUUUGCCGACGAAGCAAAACAGUUGUCUAGGAAUCUCAAUGGGCAGUCACCAAGCGACAAGCAAUUAUACAUGUUGGUUCUUGCAGGACGUAUGUGGAAUGACGUGGAUCAGCAGGUACAAGCCUUCAAGAAGGAUAUAUGGAAGAAGUUGGUGUCGCUACACUUCUCAAGAUCAGAAAGCAUGGGUGGUAGGCAGCAGGAUCAGCACAUGGAGCUGAUUGGACUGUUGUUUGAGCUGGGUGUUGAAGACAAUCCGAUCUGGGUAUGGCUUCUAAGCAGGCAUGAUCACUUGCGAAGCAAGAUCCAAGGGUCAGCCGAUCGGUCCAAGGUCGAAAUCGAGGUUCUACGACGCAGACUCGCUAACAACGAGAAACCGGCACCUCAAAUCUUGGCCUCGUACUUGCGGACGCUAGGUCGUCAAUCCAUUGAAGGCAAGAUUUCAUCGUCGGAUUCUACCGACGUCAUUGAACUCUGGGACAAGAUGCUUGCUUUUUUGGCUGGUCUCAUCUCGUCCCAAGGCAUUUUAGGAGAAGUAGUAGAGUUCUGGCAGACUGCUCAAGGUUUCGUCAGUGGCAAAACACAACAGUCUCUCCCCGUGGGAUACAAUGGAGAAUCUCGAAGCCAGCAUCGGCUAUCACCGCAGGCUGUAAGUGACUUGGAAAAGGGAAUGGUGGAAUUGGUUGAACUUUUGCGGGAACACGUUCACGCCUUCUUUGUCGAGAUUCCACCCGAAGAUAUUUCGCUAUUGUUCUCACCUCCACUUCUGUCGCCGAUGUCCCCUGCUUCCGCGGGCGGCGUCAACAACCCAUUGUCGCCAACGUCGCUGCGCGACCCUCGAUUCAAUUUUGACUCCAAUAACCCCCCACCCCCCUCACCCAGAAGGGGAGAAUCGUGGGAAAAGCUUGCGUUCUGGCCGCCGUGGUCGAAUUCCAUCAGUGGCGUGGAGUAUCUCUCCAAAAUGCUGUCACUGGUUGGGUCAGCUGCUGCUGAAAUGGCCAGCCUCAGCCCUAUCUCCUCUGCUGACGGCCAGGUUGUUGAGCUUCUGAAGACUCUUGUUGGUAUGUCCAGGGAUCGUUGCGUCACUGCUCUUUGCGCCGCAUGGAAUCGUGAUGCCGAAAAUAUCAAGUACGUUGAGGAUUGGCGGCGUCCUGCGGAAUCUGGCGAUGUCACUCGCAUGCCCGCAAUCUUUGCCGCGUUUGAGGGGGCUGUGUUGUCUGGGAUGCAGAAAAUCCUGUACAUCCCUGAAGCAAUGGAGAAGCCUGGCGCAGGGAAUAUUGUGCUACCACCGCCAACAAAGCUACUGCAGAUGGUUCGCAGUCAAUACGUCACCACGUUGUAUAAGGCGCUGAGUGGGAUGGUAGAGAAUGCGGAACGAGCGCUCAAGAAGAAUGACGACGAGUGGGAAGUUUCGCAGGACGCGUCGCCGGCAUAUGUGCCUAAUUCUAUCCCCAGCAAGAGUAUCUUGGACGCUGGUGACCGAAACAUUCGCAUGCUCCUAACUCUUAGUAAUCUCCAAGCCCUCCGCUCCCAAGUCGUCCCCAGCCUCAAUUCGCAAUUUGAAAAUGCCUUCUCCGUCAAACUCACCGACGAAUCCAAAACCAUCCGCGACGUCCUCGGCCAGAUCGACGCCCGGCUCUUCCAAUCAUAUACCAAACAAUCCAUCGAGACCCUCCAUGCCAUCAUAUCUGCAGGUCUUUCCCUCGCCGACUGGGAACCGCCAGUGAAUACCCGCCCAUCCACCGCAAAACCCUACAUCUACGAAGCUCUCCUUGCCCUCGUCCUCGUGCACUCCCAGGUGUCCACCACUGCACCCUCACUCACCUCCCAAGUAUUGUCAUUCUUGCUCGAGCAAACGUCCCUCCAACUACUGGACGCGUUCCGCAAACGUCCCCGCUACUCACUCGAGGCUCUUAUGCAGGCUACCCUCGACGUAGAGUUUGUUGCCCAGACGCUAAGCCAGUAUACGACUGAUAAGGCCUCGGAGCUGCAGAGCCAAAUUUAUCAGGAGCUGGAUGGGCGGACGGAUAAUGACGCCCGUGCUAGGUUGCAGAGCGAGUUACCCGAGAUGAGGAGCAUCCUUAAGAAGCUGAGGGAGGCGAGUAAGAACGAGUUUGCAUGUUUCAAGAAGCAAAAGCGAUCGGGUCCAAAAGUCGACCCCGGAGCUGCGUCGAGCAAGGAGCAGGCAUGA